GAGAACUCAUUGAGGUUAUUUUGAAGUGUACUUCACACCUUUCACAGGUCGCCUCGCUAGAGAGAUGGGCUUUAGGGUGCUUACUCGCGCCAGGUAAACCGUGCGGGCAGCUUGUCCAGGCGGCGUACAUUUUCCGUGGCGUUCCAUAGGCAUAGCUGGACUUGCCUUCGGAGUGGGUUUAUCCGUUGCUACUGCUGCUUCAGGCUUCCACGGCGAAGCAAAGUUGCACUUGAAGAGACUUGCGGAGCAGUUGUUGACAGCCAACGCGAACGACCGCUGGCUAUUGUGUUUGUUCGCUGGAGUAGACCACGAAGUGUGGUGUGGUUGUAAUGCCAAGCUGGCCAAUGGCAAUGCCUUGGAGAACAUCUGCCGCUGCUGCUGCAGUGGUUGCAGCCAUAUUGCUCGCAGUAGGCGCUCCUUGUGUCCGAUCAGAGGAUCAGGGCGGCGCGGGACAAGUGAGCAUCAUCAACGGUAACGCCAGUGUGCGGUAUGCUGAGGGCACGGCGCGAUCCAGCCUCAGUGUAGCCCAGUGCCAGAUCACGGCCGGCAGCGUUACAGACCUCAUGUGGAUUCAAAACGGCAUGAAGGUGGUCAAUAAGGUCACGGUUCCCCCUACAAUCCUGCCGCUCGCCUGGACUGCAGCCGUGCCAGCGGCUGCCGGCAACAUCAUGCUAUCGGACGCUGGGAUAUACAACUGCCAAGGGUUCUACACGGAGGGUCCUUUCGUUAAAAACGCGACCGCGCCUGAACAUAUCAAUAUACGUGUAGCUGAGGCCGUGAGGAUUACUAGCAUGGCUGCUAGCAUGACCCUUCUCCAUGGCCAGCCUUUGGACAUAACAUGCGUUGCUAGCGGUUACCAGGUGAACACGUCUUGGACUAGACCAAGCGUAACCACGGCACCGGGUAGCAGUUCCACGUCUCGUCUUGUCAUUCCUGCAACGGAUGUAGCACGUGACGACGGCUUAUACACAUGCACAGCGGAGAGCGACGCACUCUGUACCGUUCCGAGCAAUCGCGCAGCGCAGCAGAAAUGCUUCCCUUCGCCCGUCAGACAGGCGAUCACCGUCACAAUACAAGUGAACCCUCCUGGACGUGUACAGGCGCUGAAAAGGACGCAGGUAGCAUCAACACAUGCCACUCUGGCGUGGGAUCCUCCGUCCAGCCCGCCGCCUGCUGGACCUGGUCAGACGCCAGUCACGUCCUAUCAUAUCGUCUGCGUGUUUGGCACAAGUAGCAAUGUCACGUCGCGUGUGGUCUCAUCUCCGGCUACCGUCAGCAACCUACCGAUCUUCUCCACAGUCAAUUGCUCAGUCAGGGCAGAGAAUGCUGGAGGAAUCGGACCAGCGGAGUCGACAGGAAACUUUCAGACGCGCCAAGGUGCUCCGUCUGGCAAGCCGACCAUUGAAAAAGUGUCAGCUAUGAGUGCCUCUAUCGACUUCACGAUCAAGCCGCCUGCGCUCGCACAGCGCAACGGUGUGCUAACCGGGUACAAGGUCACAUACAGCAGUAACUGUGCCGCUUGCCCGGGCUGCUGCCAGCCGUCGUGCAAAGCGUCGGGCACCAAGAACAUCUCCGUCCACCACAGCACGCAGGAAACGCCCAUAGACCACCAGCUGGACACGCUGUGCAACGCUAAUCAGUACACCGUCAGUGUGAGCGCUUGUUCGCAAGCCGGCUGCGGAGUCGGAGCGGACACCCACGUGGUUACGGCCAAUGGAAAGCCGACAGCACCUGAGAACCUGACCGCUACCGUCCUGUCCUCAUCGGCAGUGCGUCUACAGUGGCAGAAUCCAUCGCCGUCCACGUUUGGCCUGUACAGCAAGUUCACGGUGACCGCGUCGGCCACAGCCGACCGGAAGUACUUCAACGGCGUGUGCCAGGUGAAUCCCCCCAACCUGGUCGUGCCGGCCACCCAGACGCUGAGCCCCGGGCAGGUCAUAACAAGCACCGUGUCACAGAUGUGCCCUAGUACAGUAUAUGUUUUCACCGUGGUGGGUGAGAACAACGCCGGCACUGCCGUUACCUCCACUGGUGCCACAACGACAGCCGGAAAACCAUCAGCACCUCAGUUAAAUCUCACAGCUCUCUCAGCAACCACUAUCCGAGUGGAGUGGACGCUCCUGACCAGGGAUAGAGCCGGCCCGCUGACCAAGUUCAUGCUACACUUGGUGUCCGUGUGUACGUGUUGCUGCCAUGGCGACUGCGCUAGCGAGGAGAACAUCGACUACACUGCCACUGACCUCGACCAAGUCAACAAAUACUCAACGGUUCUCACCGGUCUAUGCCCGAGCACGGAGUAUGAGGUCGACAUAACAACGUACAACUCCGCCACCCAGAGUCUUCCGUCCGAUCACAAGCACGUAGACACCUUAGCAGGAUUGCCAGACAACAUCGUGGACGCAUCGUGCAACGUCACCAGUGUCAAUCCACACCUGAUCGUCGUCGUCCACUGGCGGCCACCAAAGACACCGAAGGGCAUCAUCAGCGCUUACACUGUCAAACUGCAGCAAACGUUCUUCGACGAGCAAGCCGGCAAGAAUCGCACAAGUACAAUCUCCACCGAAGUGUACGAUAAGGACAUCCAGGUCACUGGCACGGAGUCCCAGAAGCCCGUUGGUGCCGUCACCGCCAACGAAGAGGUGACGAGUACGAACAACAACACCGUUGCUAAGAUACCGGAGCUGCCGGAUCACUCCACGGACGAGAUUGCCGGUGGCUCGCAGUACUACUACGAGAUCACCGCGGCAACGGCAGGAGGACAGGGCGCGACAACCAUUGUCAGAUGUGCUUCAGGUUGGACUAAACCAGGCAGCACGGGUGAUAACCCGGGAGAUGGUGGUCUACCGGGCUACGUCGUUGCCUUAAUUGUUAUACUGGUACUCGCUGGCCUCAUUGCUCUUGCUGGCCUACUUUUUCACCGUAUGAAACUGUGAUGAUAUUGGAACUAUAUCAUUUGGUGCCAUUAAAUAUCCCUAUACAUAUACAUAUACAGUAACUAUAACCUUCACAUCCUCAUAUUUACACCUGUCCAUAUAUGACAUUAGAAUAGCAUGCUGCGUACUACUUCCCGUACUACCGGUACCUUUUCUAGUACUCACAUAUUGUACAACUUUACACACCAAGAUAAAAUAACAAGGAUGACAGCCCUUCAGGGUAAGGCGGUGUUU